UUCACAAGCUUUCUUGAAUGAUCAGACUGAAAAAAGAAAAAAAGUGAAGAAACUAAUGGUUGGAGAGUCUCGGGACGGCGCUCCUGGGCUAAGACCGAGACGUCUUGCCUGGGUAUAAACAUCUACCGGGUAGCUUUCAAGAGCUGCGAGAGGGCGAGCGGUGGGGUAUAAGCCCUGCCUGUGCCCGCUGCCAGAGCCCCAGGUCCCCACACCGCCCCUGACGCGGCGCCGCUCAGACUCAUCCUCCGCCGCCUCGGGCAGAGGGAGAGACGAGGAGGAGAGGGAGGGGGGCCAGCUGCCUCAGUCAACGGCACGCAACUGUAAUCGCCCGCUCCGGGGAGAGGCGGCAGACCCACAAAGCCUUCAGCGCCCGACAGCAGGGACCCGCACUGCCCGGAGCUCCCGGCGGCUCCUCUGCCGCUGUCUCGGAGGAGCAGCCUGAGAUUAAUGAAACCAUGUGCUGGGCCUAGAUAUCUUCUUGGAAAGAUCAGUUUCAAGCUUUUUAUAAAACUGGGGAAGACAGAAGAGUGUGACUUUUCAGUAUGUGGAUAAAGCCAGAAAGAUGCCGUGAUUCUCUGUAAUGUGAACUAGCAUUGGUGAUAGCCCUGAGUUAAGCAGAAAGCUGGACUACAUGAUGAUCACCAGAAGUCCCUUGUGAACAACAUUUUUGUGUCUGUGAUAUACAAUGGUGAGGAAGGUACGUGGAAACGCCUGGCAGAAGGUUGGUGUGCAGACAUUGAGAGAGCAUGGAGUUGCACUGGAGAGAUGGUGUGGAGCUACCAGCUGAGGCAGUGGCUGCCAUAGCGACGCGGAGGACGCCGGCGCGGAGCGGAGCCUGCGGGACGGAGCUCGGCCAUGCCUUUCACCGAGCGCGCCUACUACCCGCUGGUGGCGGGGGGCGCCGGGGCCGGCACGGGGCCGGCGUCGCUUCCCGCCUUCCAGUUCCGCGGCCGCCAUGAGAGCCCGGACUGGCGGCGGCUGAGCGCCGUGGACGUGGGCCGAGUGUCACGGGAGGGGGACGUGGCGGUCCUGCAGGAGUACCUGGAACACGUCACCUUCUGCAACGCCGAGCGGGAGCGCUGCCCUCACUGCCAGGGCCCCUCCGACCCCCUGCUGCUCAAGCUGCUUCGCCUGGCCCAGCUGUGCACCGAAUACCUGCUGCACUCCCAGGAGUACCUCAGCGCCCAGCUCAGCAGCCUGGAAGAUGCCCUGCGAGUGGCUCAGGGGCAGCGUGACCAGCUGGGUAAGGAGGUGGCCCAGCACUUGCAGGAGAUCAAGGGACUCAAAGAGGAGUGCCGGCGGAGGAAGAAGAUUAUCAGCACCCAGCAGAUGAUGCUGGAGGCCCGAGCCAGCUACCAUCAGUGUCAGUUUUGUGAAAAGGCUUUUAUGAGCUAUUCAUUUUUACAAAGUCACUUGCAAAGGCGUCAUCCAGAAGAGUGUCAGAUUGAACAGAAGAGGAAAGCAAAGACAGACAAAUUGCAGGAUGAGAUUGAUAAACUGAAGGAGCAAUUGCAAAUCACCAAGUCUCAGUUAGAGGCUGAACAACAGGCUAAUAUGAUCAGAUUUUCUAAGGAAUGUGAACAGCAAAAAUCAAAAGAAGAAAUUCUACAGACAUUUCAUAAAUGGAAAGAGGAGGAAAAGGAGAAGCUGGCUGAUGAAAUAGAAAAAGUGAAAGAGAUGUUUAUGAAAGAGCUAAAGGAGUUAUCUUCAAGAAAUUCAACAUUAGAAAAUCAACUGUUAGAAUUACAGAAGUCAAAUAUGCAACAGAAAUCAAAUUUAGGGACGCUGAAAGACAGCCAUGACUUUACAGAAGAGAAACCUCAGAGUCCUCAGGAUUAUCACAAUGUGAUUAAACUUCUUGAAAACCAGGAAAGUAACUGGACUUCUAGAAUACAAGCCCUUUGUCAUGACCAUGAGACAGAAAAGUCUCUGCUAAAGUCAGAGAUUGAGAAACUUAAAUCAUCAAUGAGAGAAAACCUGAAUAAAAAUAACGCCUUCUACCAGAAGAGGAUAGAAGAACUAGUUCAGGAGAUUCAGAAGAAGGAUGAUAUGAUUAUUACUCAGCAGAAAAAGAUAAAUGAGUUUUCCACAAAAUCUAUCCCAAGCAUUAAAUCACGUGAUGUGAGCACUACUGUAGAGCAUCUUGAAAGUUCUAAGCCAAGUAUGCCAGUGAUGCAUGAAAUUGAGAAAAGUGAUCUUAAACCAGGUAGAAGUAACCACUAUUUAAUAAAUGCUUUGAAGACCGAUCCUUCUUUAACUAAGGAAUUGCGAGUUGUUUUGGCACAAGCCCUGGAGGAGAAGCUGGAAUCCUUGGGAAUUAAAGCGGGUGUUCGUGGUAUCCCAAACGAUCGCUUAAAUGAAGUUUUGGGUGUUAUUGAGUCUACUAGAGAACACAAACAGAAACAAGACCCGAACAUUCACCGCAUUCGAGAGCUUCUUGAACGCCAAGUUAGCCAGAGGGCUCAAGAGAAAUUAUCUUCCAAUAGACCUGUUUCCUAUCCUCAGCUUCCUUCAGAGAAACAGAAUUUCACCCAAGCAGGAAUUUCCUCAUCUGCCACCCCACGUAAACCAGUAAAACGGUCUUCAACAGCUGUCCGCCCAGCUGAGCAAAGAACAGCCAUCCUCAACAGCACAUCUACACCCAAAUCCAGGAAGCUUUUUGGAAAUGGAGCUUCCAGAAAGACAUCUAGCAUCACAACUCCACCAUUCAGCUCAGAGGAGGAAGAUGAGGAUGAUAUUAAACAGUUGUGCUUAUCACCAGAAUUACCGCAAAAGCAGUCAAAAACUUCAAGCAACAAGGUCAGUGCAUUUCAGAAGGCUUCUGGCAAAAGUGAUGCGAAUGGGAUGGAGCAAAGUGAAACUGAAGGAACUAGAACACCUGCCAAAACUUCCAAAGGAACAGUUAUUCAACAACUGACUGAGCAAGUUGGGGAGAGUCUUUCUAACCAUGGAAGUAAGAACAAACCGGCUGGAGGGAUUAAUGUCGCACAGGCAUUUAUUAAGAAGGAAGAGGUGAAAGAACUCAAGCUCACAGAAGUUGAUGAAGAUGAUUGGGAUAUAUCAUCAGUAGAAGACGACCUUUUAUUGAGGAAAGAUGCCAGAGGUCAGAAAGCACCAGCCGUUCAGAAAAAGGAUGCAAACGCUGCAUCUGUGGUACACGCGUGGGGUCUUCCGAAGAAAAGUGUACCAAAGGAGGAAGGCCUCCAUGAAACUGAUAAUACAAACACCUUGAAGAGCAGCUUAGUCACUGUAACAGACUGGAGCGAUUCUUCAGAUAUCUAAGGGCUGUGUUGGUGGGGUCAGCACAUCCUGAUAAUUUCUCACAUCAGUCAUGUAAAAACAAGGAAUACUGUUUACAGAACUCUUUUCAAUCCUGAAUUCACAACAGGAAUAUUCAUACAUUCAUUACUGGCCACGUCUAUUUGGAAAUUGAGAGUUCAUUCUUCUUCCUUGUGAAUUCAGUGGCGGAAGUUUCUUUGAUUUCACUGAAGUGGACAUUCUGCCUCUAAUGUUUACAUUAAAGAUUGAACAUGGUCUUGCAAGAAAACCUGUUAGCCAAUGAACAGAAUUUACUGCAGAGUGUUACUUUAUAAACUAUUUAAAUGCAUAUUUUCUUGUAUUUGGUCAUAAACUUUAUAUACCAUUGUGAACAGUUUAAAGACAAUAUUUCCAUGUUUUAAAACUUCAGAUUUCU